AUGAACCGCGCCACGCAUGCAGGCUUUUGUGCUUUCGACGAGCGCAACGCUGGCGGAAGAUUUCAAACGCAGGCAGAGCUUCGCCGCUUCAAGCACGUCGUAGCGUACACUGCUGCUGGGGUCGACUGCGGCGAGAAAGUCGACGAGCUCCAGGAUGGCAGCCCAACGAAGACACGUAGCGAAGCAUUGAGCACGUUUGCUAGGCGGAUGCGCGAAGAGAGAGCUGCUCAUGAAGUUCGAAUCGCUCACAUGAAUCGACGGAUCACAGACUACCACAACCGAGAAAAUGACCGACUGCAUGCAACCACCGCGACAACAAACUUUCCAGCCAUGCACCCUAAGACACAGAAGAUCUCACCGGGCACAACCAUCCGCAUUCGAGAUCCCAAGCCUCCUAACGUCUUGACCAUGAGCAAGAGACUACCAUCCGAGACGCCACGAACUGAGCACGAUUCGAUGCCUUGGAAGUCCACAGGAAGGUUGGACUUCUCCAACCAAGAAGCGCGUGAUCUCUAUUGUGAAGCGCUACUGCGGUACAUCGCCCAGCAGAAGGAAGACGCUACGACGGACAUGUCACCGAGGAACUCAGCUGGAAACUCGACAAGUAUCGAUCCACUUCCUGUCGGGUGGGAGGAGAAGACUGACGCCAAGGGCCGAGUAUUCUUCAUCGACCACAUCAACCGUGUUACAACCUGGGAUGACCCGCGGAAGAAUCUUCCGUCAUAG